AUGUCGAACGAAACCCUAGAUGACCGUCCUCAAGAUUCCGUCUCCGACGAGGAACCGAGCGUUGUUGUUAAUGGUGAGGAUAGCAAUAGUAAUAGUAAUGCAACUAGUUCGAAUUCUUCAGUGGCAAAGGGGUUGUCCUCUUUAAUUUCUUCUAUAAUCACGGAUUUCGAUUCCAGAGCUGAAGCAACCUCUCGCAGUCAAGAACAGCUCGCCUUCUCCCUCGAUCGACUCACCGGAGAGCUUGAUAAAUUGCUAGAAGAUGCUCCUUCGCCAUUUAUUAUGCAGCACGCUGCAAGGAUAUCUGGUGUUAGGAGAAGGGUCACAGCUUUAAACUCAGUUUUGAAGUCUGUACAACGACGAAUUGACAAUAUGGAUCGAAUGCUGUCAGCUGGAUCUUUGCAUGAAAAAUCGGUAAGAGAGAAAGCUGGAGAACAUUAA